CCGACAAUCUGGGCGUCGGAAGAAGACGUCAUUUCCUGCGCGCUUUGUUGCCAUUGAGAGAGAAAGAGGGCGAAGAUGGCGUCGGCGAGGAGCCGUUGGCUGUGGCGCUGCUGCCGCGCCUUUUUCGGACACAGCUUUCCACUCUUCUCCAGUGUGAGGCCGCAAUUCGUGCCUGGAUUGAGGGCGCCGUGGAAGAAAAUGGCCACUCUGGGCUUUGGAAUGACCUUGGCCGCUAUUCCGAUUACACAGAAACACGAUCCGGGAUCUCUAAGCAAUGAAGCCUUGAUCCGAAGAGCUAUCUCUCUAGUAACCGACAGCACCGGGACACUCCUUAAUCAAACCACUUACGCAUUAAUUGAUGCUCUAACAGAAUAUACAACGGCAGUCUACACACUGGUGUCCCUGUACCAAAAAUACACGCAUCUCCUGGGGAAAAUGAAUUCCAAAGAGGAGGAUGCCGUUUGGCAAGUGAUCAUCGGGGCCCGAGUGGAGAUGACGUCGAAGCAGCAGGAAUAUCUCAAAUUAGAAUCCAGGUGGAUGACCGCCCUGCGGCUAUCAGAGAUGGCUGCAGAAGCAGCGUAUCAGUCAGGGGCUGACCAGGCCUCCGUGUCGGCCCACAACCACAUCCAGCUAGUGAAGACCCAAGUCCAGGAAGCCCGGCACCUCUCCCAGAAGGCCGAAACCAAGCUAGCCGAGGCUCAGACGGAGGAGCUCCUGAAGCUGAAGGAAGAGGAACCUUUGCUAGCCAACUCCCGGCAGGCCGUCAGCGACGAAACAGAGGACGCUUACCUCCGUGAAGAUUGAAGGUUGCUCGCACGGACACGAUCCCGCUUGGCGGGAAGGAACAUCACGGAGAACGGGGGAUUAGAUGCCGCUCUCUGGCUCCCCCAGCCUGGUUGACCCUCAGCUUUGAGCUGCGGGGUGUUCUGUUGCCUGUCUGUUUAAAUUCACAGCUAUGCAAACGCAAAAUAAUCUACCAAGGUGUGAUUUUUUGUUUUUCUGGUGCUUUUGAGGGCCAAUGUGAGACGAUCCAUGCGCCCACCAGAAUCUAUAGAGAUAAUCGCACGGGGUAAUCACUUAAGGGCUGUGUCUUGUGUUGCCUUGCGCUGGUGUUGAGAAGGACAAAGGCUCUACCUGAGAUUUCAGAAAUUAGUUGUGGGGGAAAUUUUAACCGUUUGGAGCCGAAGUGUCGUUUUUGUGUGUUGUUGUUGUUGUUUUUCUAGUGAUGUACUCGGGAUCAUUCUCCCCCCGAACCGAAUUUUUAAAAUAAAAAAAUCCAAGGAACAGAA